AGAAUCGCUCUGGUGACUCUGAACACGCCACUAUCGCUUUAGGCAGGUCUCCUCUCACGCUCAGGAUGAAUUCCACUGCCGUAAAUGCUUCAAGAAACACCUGAGAAACUUUCUCCAGCAUGAAGCAACUGUUUAAUGAACGGAUCUGCGCGUUAUUCCGCAGUAACUGGCAGCAUACUCUCACAUAUUGGAGCGUGUUCUUUAGUUUUGGACUAUGUGUCGCUUUCCUGGGUCCGACCAUCCUGGACCUGAGAUGUCAAACACAGUCCACGCUCCAGGAGAUCACUCUGGUCUUCUUCUCCCAACAGUUUUUCCUCUUCAUUGGAAGCACCAUUGGAGGAUUCUUCAGUAAAACGCUUGUGCAUUCUUUGUCAGCGCUGACUGUGUCCAGCCUCACCAUCUCUGUGGUUUUUGCCAUCAUCCCACUAUGCCAUAAAUUGCUCCUGUUGGCCUUUGCCUUGGCGGUAUCUGGUCUUGCCAUGGGCAUCAUUGACACCAUCUCUAACCUGCAACUGGUCAAGAUCUACCAGAAAGACUCCACAGUUUUCCUGCAGGCCCUUCACUUCUUUGUGGGUCUCGGUGCUUUAGUGAGUCCCCUCAUCGCUGACCCCUUCCUGUCUGAGACCAGCUGUGUGAUUGGGAACAGCAGCACCAACUCAACAUCAUUAACACAUCUGAGGAACAAGCUCGCAGGCAGACCAGUGCACAACGUGUCCAGCGUGCACCUCCACACCGACGGAGACGUGGUGACCAACGUUUCCUACGCCUUCUGGAUCAUGGCUAUCACCAAUCUUCCUGUACCUAUCGGCAUAUUAAUCCUGAUGUAUCGGGAGCGGCUGUUCCCGUGCGGAUCGGACACCAGUCGGCGUUUAAUAGAUGGAGAUGUGCUGGCGAUGAAAACCUGGGGAACCACACAUCUUUCAGAAGACACUGGACAUGAGAAAGAGACUUCCAGAAGCCACGUAGACUUGUUCGGCUGCUGUCUCCUUGGUAACGUGCACAGCUUUCCGUUGUCUUUCUUUGGGAUCCAUAUCCUCGGGGGUCUGGUGCUCUUCUUUUCUGACGGUAUAGUGGGCUCGUACACAGGCUUUGUGUACACCUACGCAGUGGAGCCCCCUAUGAAUCUACCUCACAAGACCGCUGGAUACUUGACGUGUAUCUUCUGGGCGGCGAUCACUGUCGGCCGACUCUCCGCCAUUCCUCUGUCUUAUCGAUUUAAACCUGUACACUUGCUCAUCGUUAGUCAGGUGGGUGUGAUAGUCACACUACUUCUGCUGCUGAUCUUCUCCAACAGCAGUGUGUUCCUCUUCAUCGGCACCUGCUGUCUCGGCCUAUUUAUAAGCAGUAUCUUCCCCUGCACGCUUGCAUUCACCGAAGACGUCCUGGAGUACAAAGGUUGUGCCACAACAGUUAUGGUGACCAGCGCAGGGAUGGGUGAGAUGUUACUCCAGGUGAUCGUGGGUUCGGUGAUGCACAAUCAAGGUAGCUUCAGUUUCCUGUUGUGCGGAAUGAUCUUCGGCUGCCUGGGAUUCGCUUUCUUCAUUCUGCUGUUCUUCGUACAGCAAAAUCACAAAAACUUCACAGAAGCUUUCCCUAGUAACUCCCCUACCGAAAGACUUGAGGAAAAUGGGAUCAAGACCUGCUCUGCUGCCGUGCCGAACUCAUGGGACACGUCAGAGUAGAAAGCAUCCAUCGAUCCGUAACAGUGGAGAAGAUGGAUGAAAAUAUGACAGGAGCAAAGGGACAAUGGUGGUGUUGACUCAGGGACAUAUUCUUGGAUGAUCAUGCAAAUCAUUGACAAUCGACAGAGCUAAAAAAUAUAUUAUAAUGUUUAUUUUUGUAUAAAAAUAUUUUUGAUGAAUUAAAUGAUCAAAUGUCACAAUUGAAUCAUUCUCGAUGGCAGUAAUGUCACUGGAUAUGUGCAAUACAAUAACUUUUCAAAAAAAAAAAAGUUGGUUUAGUGUUUAUUAUUCGAAGCACACUGUCUAAUCAGCCCUUGAAUAUCAGUGCAUUCAUUGGUAUUCAUAUGGUAUUUCAUUCAAAAUAAUGCCAUACAAAUACAGUAUUUUUUGAAUAUGUAAAAGCCCUACAAUGUUUUAUUUGAGAGUAACUGAAUUGGACUGGGCUCACUCAAACCCUACUGGUGAUGACCGGACUUAUUCACAGAUCAGUAGCCAAUUAAUUCUCUGCCAGAGCUGAAGUGCUUAUAACACAAUUGUGGUUCGGAGAUUAAAAGGUCAAAAAAGGACAUCCUACCGUCUUCCUGGAAAAGUUUCCUUGUAUUGUGUUGUACGGCCUCAGGUCUGACCGUUCCUCUAAACCAGUGACCUCAGGACUCAGGUGGACGAUCCUGAUUGUAGGAGCUUGCUGUGUCAGCGUAUUUCUCUUGGCCUGGGUUAAAAAAAUUUUUUUUUUUUUUCUGGUUUACGCAGGUGUCAGACCUGCUAACGUUAACACAAUCGCUACAUAAAUGAGGUCAGCUUUCCGCAGCUGUAUUUGAUGAAGACACACAAGCCAAAUGAGUUACACAUUUGUUUUUUAUAGAAAUCUUCCUUCCCUUCCAACAUCCACAGAUUAGUACAACAUGUAUGCCAAUGAACAUAAUUUGUAAACAUUUGAGAGCGAGACAAUCUGAAAAUACAUUUGCACAAAAAUAUUGAAAACAUUUGGUGCCAAUAUUGUACCAUGACAGUAGAACUAUUCACACUUUUUAUUACAUCAUCCCUUUUUUUCCACAAAAUACAAAAUAUUGUUCUAAAUGCAAUGCAGUUAUGACGUCGACAUUUAAGAGGAUGAAAAAAUCUGAUGUGUCUGAAACAUUGGCACUUUCUAAGAAUAGGGUACAAAAACAUUAACCUAUUAACCUUAAAAGCAGAUUUAAAAUAUCAAAGAUAUUAUUGAAGAUAUGAUGCAUAAGAAAGAUUGUAAAUUUUCUAUUGUAAGUUUCCAAAAACUUCUCAUCAGAAUGUGAGAAAUGUCUGAAUAUGGGUUAAAAACUUGAUAUGUAAUUUUUAUUGUGGCGCUCUUGUGACAAAACUAAAAUAAAAUACCAUAAUGGGUAACAUGGUUGCAAAUAAUUAUUUUUCACUCGGCAGGGGAUAGUUUGCCAAGUGUCGAUUUGUAUUCAAUGGCAAACAUAUAUCAUAUAAAUUAUAAAGAGAAAUUGAUAUAUACAAAUAUGUAUGUAUACUGGAAUGGUUAGGAAUAUAGUUAACUCAAUGUGUACAAAUUUACAAAAUGGAAUGAUGUGUUGGGGAUGUGAUAAUCAGGUUGCGGGCAAAUGUGGAAUAGCUAAAUUUAAUAUGUUGGUAAAAUAUCUAAUAUAGAUUAAUUGAAUAUGAAUUACUUUUCAUAUUAUAUAAUAUUUGAACAUUCUUAAUAGUUCUCUUUAAAGGAAUAGUUCACCCCAAAAAUGUAAAUUAUGUCAUUAAUUACUAACCCUCAUGUCGUUCCAAACCCACAAGACCUUUGUUCAUCUUCAGAACACAAAUUAAGAUAUUUUUGAUGAAAUCCAAGAGCUCUCUGACCCUGUAUAGACAGCUAUGCAACUGAGACGUUCAAGGCCCAGAAAGAUAGCAAGGACAUUGUUAAAAUAGUCCAUGUGAUAUCAGCAGUUCAAGCAUAGUGUUAUGAUAAAAAAAAUUUGUGCGCAAAGAAAACAAAAAUAAUGACUAACAAUUUCUUCAAAUUGUUCCGAAGAUGAACAAACGUCUUACAGGUUUGGAACAUCAUGAGGGUAAUUAAUUUUUGUGUGAACUAUCCAUUUGAGUGAUUUGCUUGCUCAAAAAAUUACGCCAGUUUAUGCCCUAUUCAUAAAAAGUGCCAUUUUUACUAAAAUAGAGCUUUUUGACUUUUUGUAGUAAGAAUCUCUUCAAAGAGAAAAUAUUCUUAUAAUAAUCAAUAAAGCAAUCAUAAAAUACAUUUCAUUUAUGCCGGAAAGUCUUAAAAUUUAUUACAAAAUCUCUGUGCAGCAAACGUUUAAAUGCAUAGUUUACAAAUGUUGAUUCAAAACCAAAAUUUGAGUGUUUGGGGUGGUGGAGCCACUAAUAAGAUGAGAUUAGCAUUACAACAAAAAAUAUUGUAUUCUAAAAAAUACAAAGUGCCAGUAAAAAGAAAAAAAAAAUGAGAGACGGAAAAAGCAACCUUUUUAAGUGCUUUAGACUCACAUUAAAAUACAACAGAUGUCCAGUAUGGCUACAAUAGCUACAAAACGUUCUUGGAAGAAAAACAAAACUCAAACAAACAGAAGAAAUCAAAUGACAUCAUUGCUUAACAGCUAAACAUGUAUAACAAACCCAUUCUAUCCAUUGGGAGAAUUAGAAUCUUCAUAGAAACAAAACAAAUAUCUAUAUAAUGAAGUAAAAAUAUCCCCCCCCCCCAUA